AGUUCUGGAUUUUCUAAGCAACAAGAAUUACUUUGGGAAGAACGUGAUUCUAUUAAUCGGUCAAGUCAAUUAGCAGACAUUUUGAUUGAUCAAGCAUUUGAAGACAACGCAAGUAUAGAUCGUCAAAACCAAGCAAUGGCUAAAAUUAAUAACAGAAAUUCUGUCUAUAAUUCUACUUUAAAUGAUUCAAAUCGGUUAACAAAUAGAAUUUCGUGGCAUCAAUGUAAAAACACAAUUAUUUUAGCAUGCGUCUGUGCCUUUUGCAUAUUCUUCCUUAUCUGGUGGUCAUUUUUAUAA